AUGCCCAUCGGGGACGAUAAGGAGAAAUUGUCCGCUGACAAACGAAGGUCUAUUUUUUCACCACAAGGGCCCAAGAGUCCAAGAAUCCCAAGCAUUUCGGUGAAAACGCCUGCGCAGAUUUCCGACGACUGUGCUACCCCAUCCAAAGCCACAGUACAGCGCUCAGCUAAAAAUAUGGCUGCUUCAGAUCUAGCGCUAGCCAAAUUCAUUUCGGUUUCUGGCCGCUUAAGCGAAUUUGAGGCUCAGAUCAACACUCCGGAAUUCGCAGCUCCAACCGUCACGAUGCUUGGCGUCCGUCGCGACCAAGUCCGAACCCUAUGGGACAAGGUUGAGAAGGAAUACGAUCUCUGCUCAGAGUGCCUUGUGUCAGCAGGCGAAGCGGCAGCAAGCAACAUGCCUAUUCUCAGGGCUAAAUACAGUUAUUGCUAUUCAGUCUAUGAAAGGUGUGUUGCCCAACUCGUUGAUAAAAUCGAGCAGGGCACCUUUCAGUCCAUCCCAACCGCGAACGCUGCGCCCCAGGCCUACAUUUCCUCUGGCUGUCGGUUGCCUCCAUGCGAUACAUAA